GUGCAGGAGGAGCGAGCGGCGUGUUUCCGGUAAGAACAGGUCAGGAAACAACAGUGAAGACCCCAUUAAACCUUAAUGCCGAUAAGGAGCCUUCGAAUUAAAGCAAAGCAACUAAGUACAAUCUCAUUGAUUGUGUUCAGUUGAACGGGAGGGAGUCGGGAGAAGGCAGCAGCGAGCAUGGCGAUGGAGACCGAGUUUCGGGAGAUCGAUGAGUCCGGGAAUUGGAGCGCCAUUUACCAGGAGAUUCGCCAGCAGUCCAGCGAGCUGCCCUGUAAAAUAUCCAAACUCCCAGAGAACAAAACCAGGAACCGUUACAGAGACGUCAGCCCCUUCGACCACAGUCGAAUCCACCUGCAACUGGGAGCCAAUGACUACAUCAACGCCAGCCUGAUUUCCAUGGAGGAGGCCAAGCGCAGCUACAUCCUCACACAGGGCCCUCUGCCCAACACCUGCGGUCACUUCUGGGAGAUGGUGUGGGAGCAGAAGAGCCAUGGAGUGGUCAUGCUGAACCGAGUCAUCGAGAAGGGCUCUGUGAAGUGUGCCCAGUACUGGCCGCAGCGAGGGGAGAGAGAGAUGGAGUUUGCAGACACAAACUUCAAACUGACUCUGAUGUCGGAGGAUGUCAAGUCGUAUUACACUGUGAGACAGCUGGAGCUGGAGAACCUGGAGACCCAGGAGACCCGUGAGAUCCUGCAUUUCCACUACACCACCUGGCCUGAUUUCGGGGUCCCGGAAUCCCCCGCCUCCUUCCUCAACUUCCUGUUCAAGGUGCGGGAAUCCGGCUGCCUGGGCUCGGAGCAGGGCCCUGUGGUGGUGCACUGCAGCGCAGGGAUUGGCCGCUCCGGGACCUUCUGCCUAGUCGACACCUGCCUCCUACUGAUGUCCCUUCGUAAGGACCCCUCCUCUGUCAGUGUGCGGGACGUCCUGCUGGAGAUGCGUCGAUUCCGGAUGGGACUGAUCCAAACUGCAGACCAGCUGAGAUUCUCCUACCUGGCUGUGAUCGAGGGGGCCAAGAGCAUCAUGGGAGACCCCUCAGUGCAGGAGUCUUGGAAAGAGCUGUCAAACGAGGAGGACACUCCCCCCGAGUUCACUCCUCCCCCCCCACGCCCUCCCAAGCGCAUUGGUGUGGACGCACCCAAUGGCAAGACUGCUGAACCAAUCAUCUUCCCCCCUGCAUCAAGGGUGGAGUUUCCAGAGGAGAAGGAUCCAAAAAAGAGACUGGGUUUUGAGCCUCUAAUUGCUAGCAACAAUGAGGAGCCCGUGGUGAGGAGGAGAACUGUGGGAGAAACCGCCACCCAGCCGGACGAACAUGCCAAUCGAGGGCAGGGGAAGGAGGCGGAGCUAAAGGAGGACGACAGCCCGCUGGGUGCUUGGAAGCCCCUGCUGGCCAACGUGUGCAUGUGUAGUGCUUUGGCCCUGGUUGUAUACAUCUGUUACCGGUCCUGUUUCCACUGACCUCGUAAGGAAGGGCUGAAGAGCAGCAAGCCGAUUUGGAUCCUCUCACCAGCUCAGGAGGUGGGACUUGAACCUGGAGCACCAAUCAUGGAGCUCUGCGUUCUCAUUUUUGUCCAAAUGCAAAAGGAAGGGUUUAGUCCCUGAUCAGUCCCGGGAGCUAUCCGUUCUAAAACCUCAGGGCCACAGCUACAGAACACACACCGUUAAAUACAAAAAACAAACAGUAAAAAAAUACAAGUGUUUGACUUUCUUUCCAUCGCUUUGUGUAAGGAAGUGUAUAUGUGUGUGUGUGUUUUAUAUAUAU